ACUAUAUUACAUUUAAAAAAGUCAUCUGCGAAUCGUAAUUCGGAACUCAAGGUGAAGAAGAUCGACAAACAAAUGUAUCGAACGGCGGCGAAUUGCCUCCUCCGCUUCCGUAUUCUCAAAUCGGUCAUUAUGGUUUUCCACUACCGCCGACCCUCAAACAUUCCCUAAUAAAAUCCUCCAUGCAUCUGAUUCUUCCACGUCGUCAUCUUCGACGGACAGGGACGAUCCGCGUCACCGAAGAAGGAAUCCAAAAACCGAUUACGAGGAGGAGCAAGCUCGUAUGCUGCAAUCCAAAAACCGAUUUUUUUUUUGGUAUUUUAUGAUUGUUUUGAGUUUACAAAUUAAAAUUGGAUUGAUUGUUAACUUAGAUGAAGUUCGGAUUGAGUGAAUAAGCGAUGAUAGCUGGUGCAAAGGAAAUUGGGGUUUCGCCUUCAAUUGUGGGAUAUUUCCCUCGUAAAGCAGCUGCCCUUGUCUGCGUAAUUUACUUCGAUUUCGAUUAUUAUCUGUUCAAAUUAGGUUGGGCAUUACAAUUUACAAAGAAUUUGAUAGUUCUUAUGAUGUAGAGAUUCUUAUACCUUUGUGUGCUGUCAUUUUUCUCCUAGUUCGAAAGUGAGUAUCGGAUAUGAAUAUGCGUUUGGUAUAAGCAUGCUCAAUAUUUUUUCAAAUUUUUUUGUAUAUUUGGAGGAUUAUAGUCCGUACUCGUGCUGGAUUAUGCAUCAGAUAACAUAGUUUCCUCCUACCAGUUCCUAGAUCCUUGAUUUGGUAGAUUUGCUCUCGUAUUUGAAGUUUCUAUAUCGUGCUGCUUCCACGAGAAUCGAACUGUUGGUUUCCUAUGUAUCUCACUGUUGGAUGCGUGCUUUACUUUCAGUUAGUAUGUUCCGUUUUCCUCCAAUUUCUGACAACGACAAUAUUUUUCUUUUUCUUGAUUUGCCAUUUUUCAUGGAUGACUGCUUACAAAGGCUAAUUGAUAGAAUUGAUUCCAAAGAGGAAUCACAUCAUUUUAUUCCUAGCCAACGCAUCUCAAAGCUCGUAAGGAUUCGCCUACAAAUGCAAGCGCCCUACAUACUGAAAUGGCCUUAAGUCCUCAGUAUUCGAAUACGAGACCUUAUACCUAUUUCUCUUGUCAAUGGACUAGUUUACUCAGUAAAAUUCGAACCCUUUAAAACAACUAUUUUUUUCACAGCAUUCUUUGUAGGCGCAUCCAUUGAAUGUUCCGGCGAGUUUCAAGCAGAAAGCAAUGCUGGUUGAUGAAAUCUGGCGCACCACUAAAGAUGAGGACUCUGAUAUCGAUUGGUAUGUUAAGCGCACUGUCCUUGGAGGGAUAUACUCAACAACAGAGAUUUACAUGCUGACUCCCCGGGUUUAUUUCCUUAACCUGUUAAAGACGCUUUUGGUUUCAAGAAGACAAUCAGGAGGCAUCGUAUUUGGUAGAAGCUGUUCGUGCCGGAAUGGGGAGUUCAUUGCAAGGAUUUGUAGGCAAAGUGUUAGAGAGAUGAAAAAAAGCUGAUGUGAAUAUGUUCGCUUCAUAUCUGGACGACUAGCAUCCGAAUCGACAUUACAUUUUCAUCAACCAUAAAAAAACAGGUGAUUUCACAAUUAAAGUCGUAGGAUUAGGAUAGUCCUUCGGUGGCUCUCGAUGUUUCUAUGGUCAAAUAUCAUUUAGCACAAAGCCGUUGAUCUCCCAGAGUUUAGUUUUCAUAUUAUGCUUGUCGAAACCAUUUUUUAACGGGAUUGACUUGGAUUUUGAAAAAUAAAAUGAGUAUGGGAGUCGCCACCAAUCUUUUUUGAUGAUGUGUGAUUGAGCCACCUUGAAAAAUGUUUGCAGUUUUGGUCUAUGAAAAUCAGAAAACGGGUUAGGGAGUCGGUUACGUAUGAGGGAGGAUUAGUGUCUUAGUGUCGAAGAUUGAAAAUUUUGAAGAGUUUAAAAAAUGACAAUUUGUCAAAACAUUGAGAAUUUUUGAGACAAAGACAUAUUUUCUCAUUAAUCGAGAAAGAGAAUUACAUCCUGUAAUUUAGGAUGCAA